CCAUGGCUCCCAGGGCGAUGGGAUAGCGGGAGGGAGACGGGCCACACAAGAUGGCGGACGCUAAACAGAAGCGGAACGAGCAGCUGAAGCGCUGGCUGGGCUCCGAGACUGAGCUCGAGCCGCCAGUCCUCAAGAAGAAAAAAACCAAGGUCAAGUUCGACGAUGGCGCCGUCUUCUUGGCCGCCUGCUCCAGCGGGGACACGGACGAGGUGAAGAAGCUUCUGGAUCGCGGCUCGGACAUUAACUACGCCAAUGUGGAUGGACUGACCGCCCUGCACCAGGCAUGUAUAGAUGAUAACCUGGAUAUGGUGAAAUUCCUAGUGGAGCAUUCUGCAAAUAUUAAUCAGCCAGAUAAUGAAGGUUGGAUACCAUUGCAUGCAGCUGCUUCCUGUGGAUAUGCAGACAUAGCAGAGUAUUUAAUUAGUCGUGGAGCAAAUGUAGCUGCAGUCAACAGUGAAGGAGAAACUCCAUUAGAUAUAGCUGAAGAAGAAGCCAUGGAAGAGCUCUUGCAGGAAGAAAUUAGUAGGCAAGGAGUGGACAUAGAGGCAGCUCGGAAAGAAGAAGAACGAAUAAUGCUCCGCGAUGCCAGGCAGUGGUUAAAUAGUGGGCAAAUAAAUGACAAUAGGCACCCCAAAUCUGGGGGAACAGCUCUUCAUGUAGCUGCAGCUAAAGGCUACUCGGAGGUUUUAAAGCUUCUAAUCCAGGCAGGUUAUGAUGUAAAUAUCAAAGAUUAUGAUGGCUGGACUCCACUUCACGCUGCAGCACACUGGGGUAAAGAGGAAACCUGCCGAAUCCUGGUAGAAAGCUUCUGUGAUAUGGAGACGAUCAACAAAGUGGGGCAGACAGCUUUUGAUGUAGCUGAUGAAGACAUUCUUGGGUACUUAGAAGAGUUGCAAAAAAGGCAGAAUAUGCUUUUUAGGGAGAAGCAAGCAAAUAAAUCUCCAUUGAUCGAGUCAACUACAACAAUGGAGAACAACCAACAACUAAAACCCAUCAAAAGUAAAGAAACCCUGCUGAAUGAACAGAAGAUUCCAGUGCAUAUAGAGUCCCUGGAGCAGGAGAAAGUGGACGAAGAGGAGGAGGGGAAAAAAGAUGACUCUAGUUGUUCCAGUGAAGAGGAGGAGGAGGAGGACUCAGAGUCAGAAGCAGAGACAGAAAAAAACAAACCUACAGCAACUGUAAAUAGUGUAAACCGUAUCAACAGUGGAGGUAUACAGUCUGCGGCUGUGGCCCCAUCAACAGUGCCCACAAAUCAAGUUACACCAACAUCACCAGUGAAAAAGUUGGCCACCCCUUUCAUCAAGUCUUCGAAAGAGGAUGAAAAAAAGAGUAAAGAUGAGGAAGAGAAGAAAGAUGCAUCUCCGGCAUCUUGGAGGUCAGGGCUUCGGAAGACUGGAAGCUAUGGUGCAUUGGCUGAAAUUAGUGCUUCUAAAGAGGCACAGAAAGAGAGGGAUGUUACAGGUGUGAUGCGUUCGGCCUCAAGCCCUCGACUUUCAUCCACUCUAGAUAACAAAGAGAAGGAGAAAGACCAGAAAGGAGCGAGGCUUGCAUAUGUUGUACCUACCAUCCCAUCCAGAAGACUAGCCAGUGCAUCUGACAUUGAUGAGAGAGAAAUCAGAGAUUCUGCGAGUAACUUGGUGCGUAGUGGUUCUUACACACGGCGACGUUGGGAAGAAGAUCUGAAGAGGAAAGAAAUGAAUCAUACAUCCACCAUUGAAGGGUCUACAUCACAAAAUCCUGCUGUCACCAAUGUAGUGCCUAAUUAUCAAAGAAGUAAUUCGUAUCUGCUAGCAAUAGGCAGAAGUAGCAGUGCCAGAGAUCUCCCAGCCAGCUCUUCCUCAACCAUCAGCUUGGAUUCUACUAAUUCUAAGCCUAGGCAGCCAUCUUCAACUCAGUACUCAUCUUACAGCAUCUACAAAAGUAGUUCUUUUGGUAGAAGGAAAGAGGAUUUGAUCAGCCCUGUUCAAAGUGCCAUUUCAACCAACACCGUAGCAACCAUUACCUCAACAAACAGCCUGCAACCUAUUACCAGGACCUCUGCAUCCUCUGCAUCUGGCAGUACCUCAAAUCGGUUCUCGACGGGGGACAAUACUGAAAGAGAGAAAGAGAAUGUUCCUUCAGCGGUUGCUACAACUGGCACUGUCUCUUCAACAACAGAGGUCAGGGAGAGACGCAGACUAUUGGUUCCUUUCGAGAUUCGGUCGUAUUUAACUCCUGUCCGAGAUGAAGAAUCUGAGUCACAAAGAAAAGCCAGGUCAAGGCAAGCAAGGCAGUCGAGAAGGUCAACGCAGGGUGUAACACUGACGGACCUACAAGAAGCUGAGAAAACAAUCGGGCGGAGUCGUUUAGACCGUCGAACUCGAGAACAGGAAGAAAAAGAAAAGGAGGAAAAAGAAAAGCAAGACCGAGAAAAGCAAGAGGACAAGAAUCAACCGGAAACUCAAGAUGACGAGAGACAACGGUUUAGUAGAAACACUGAAGAGCCUUAUCAACGUAACAGGCCAAGUACCACAGCAUUCUCAACUGCUGCCCUCAAUAGUUCAUACGUUGCAUCCCAUCUAAAUCGACCCAACAGCCUUAUAGGCAUUACAUCUGCAUACUCCCGAGUCCCUGGAGAAGUAGAUAAAGAAACGGACAAAAGGGAGGAUGAGCGAGAAGGAGAAGAGAAAUUAGAUGAUAAGUCACAAAACAAACCAUCAAUAAGAGAUCGCCGGCGACCUAGGGAAAAACGGAGAUCAACAGGUGUUUCUUAUUGGACACAGGAUAGUGAUGAGAACGAACAAGAGCAGCAGUCAGAUGCAGAAGAUGGAAUGAACAAGAAGUGUCAGAAUGACAGACUUUCAAGGUUUGACUCGGGACUUUCUAGUAGUGCACAUAACGAGGGUUCCGAGCAGUUAGCUAGUCGAACUGGUUUCUGCCCUUACAGAGGAAGCCGGCAUGCACCUCACAGCAGGGCAGAAAAGGAAGACACGUUGGAUUAUAAAAAGCUUUAUGAGCAGUUCCUGGCAGAAAAUGAGAAACUUAAGGCGAGUCUACAUGACACAAACGUGGAGCUGAAUGAGUUGAAAGUGCAGUUAGAGAAAAUCACACAGAGGCAAGAAAGGAUAGCUGAUCGGUCACUGCUAGAGAUGGAGAAAAGGGAAAGAAGAGCUUUGGAGAGGAAGAUCGCAGAAAUGGAAGAGGAGCUUAAGAACCUGCAUCAAGUAAAAGAGUUUCAGACUCUGAGGCAGUUAAAUGAGCGGCUGCUGGCUGAGAAUAGGGCUCUGACCAGAGUGGUUACCAAGCUUUCUGAGUCCCGUAGGCAGCUCCAGGCUGUGGACUCGUAGCUCCUUCCCUUUUCUUCAUUACUUCCCUUCACAGCCAGAUGCUACCAGACUUGAAAGCAGACAACCAGAGACUGAAAGAUGAAAAUGGGGCUUUGAUCAGAGUCAUCAGCAAACUUUCCAAGUAAACAGGAUUCGGACUGCUGUUGAUGCCAUUGCAUGAAAACUGAUUAACUCUGAGCUACAUCACACUCAUUCAGCAAAGUGAUCAAAAAGAGAUGGAAGUGACUGACCAGGCUCCCACCUUGAAGAGAAUCAUCUUUUAUGAACCUGUUUAAUGUCUUUAUAUAUGGAUAUAUAUAUUAUAUAUAUAAUAUAUAUAGCCAUUUAACAGAUGCUAAAACUGCUGAAGAAGUGGAAUGACUGAAAAUCUUGUUUACAGUAAUAUGAGGAAAGUGUUUAAGGGCAGAAGCGCCUCUAUAUUAAACCAAUAAGCCUUACUACUUGUACAUAAAACUCUUGCGUCAACAAACUGCUUUCAUUGUCAACAAAGACAGUUAAGAAUACAACUAAAUUUUACUGUGCCACAGAAUUGUGUUCCUUUUUCACGUGCUUAAAAGUGUUUAAUAUGUGCUUAACCACCCAUGUGCCAGUUCAAGUUGGGACAAGUAUUCACAAAACUAUCCCAUUUUGGAAAUGAUGCGUCUAAGCCCGAAAGUGGAGGUAACUGCAAAUCGUGAUUUGUCCCUCCAUGUUGAUCAAUACAGUUGGUGAAACGUUAGCUUUCACUGUUUGUGCAAUAUGCAUUUCUUUAUAAGAUGCUUUAUAACAAAUCAGUUGAAGUAGAUUUAUUUUACAAAAUGUUUUCUUGACUGACAUCUGUCACAGUUUUUUAAGUCUGUAGCAUAAGUUCUUAUGGAAUCUGUAACCUGCACUUUCAUUUUAGCAGGUACUGUGUAUGUAUAUUUUAUAUUUAUAUUAUAUAAUAUAUAUAUAUACACACACACACACAUACACACAUACUGUUUUAAGUUUCAAUGCACCGUGUAGGCGUAAUGGUUACACAAAACAGAUUGUUCAAAGAUGUGGCUUUUUAAUGAUGAGGUUUUAUGGUUUAAAAGGUGCAUAUAGACAUGAAAUGAGUUUUUGGAAAAGCAUGGUGUCUUGAAUGGUAAGCGGUACUUUUGAAUUGGGAUUCCAAUAUUCACAUGUAAAAAUGUGCAUCAAAGAUUAAUGAGAGGUUUCUUACUGUGUUUUACAUUCUGUGAGUCACAUUCGGGCCAUUUAAGUUCCUGCCAGAGUAAUAUCACUGAAAUGGAAAUUUGUUUUGGAAAUCUAACUUAAUGGCCUUCACAUAACUAUUUUAGUUUUGUAUCCAUUGUUUUGGGGCUGAUGGGAAGAGUCGCUGAAAUUUGGAAAAGCAUCAUCAUGUUGGAGCCCAGAAAUCUAAAUGCACUUCCUAUAUUUUGGCCUUUUACAAAAAAAAAUUCAGUGAACACUCUUACCAUUAGACCAAUAUUGUGCAUCACCCCAGGUUAUUUUGAAUAUAUAUUUAAACGUCAAUACAACUUCAUACGGCACAUAUUAUAUGUCAAAUAAAACCACUGAAGAGUUCAAACAUACUGAGUCAUUGUACAUUGUUAAGCUUGCAGUAGCUGUUGUAUUAUCCUUAAAUAUAUUGUAUUAAAUGUGAAUUUAUACCCCGUCAUAUAAAAAUACGGUUCUUGUGUUACAUCGCUUAUCGUAGUCUUCUAGUAAUUGGGGCAUAAUGCCUCUUGUCUCUGGGGCGUGACAUUUUCUGUUAAUUGGUUUUAUGCAGGUGUGGAUUCAUACUCUUACUACCAAUCUCAGGAGAUUGAUUUUAUAAAGGUACCAAGAAAACUAGAUUUUCACAUUCAAAUGGUAUUUGGACUAAGUGAUUGUUGGAUUGUAAUUACCAGUGGUGUGUGACAUCUUACUGUGGCUUGACAUGAGCAGAAAUAGUGACGACAGAGGGUUUGAAUGCUGGUUCACCACAGUGCUCUGAGUGUGUGACUGACUGACUGGCUAGCAGAUUGUGGAAUGUGUUGAGUGCAUGUGCAAAGUUACCGUAGAUGUUUCUAAUAUUUUAGUGUUUUAUAUUUAGCUUAUUUAUUCUUUAUAUUGGAUUUCAUGAUGUAGCUGGUGUGCUGUUUCAGUUUUAUUGGUAGUAUUGAGCAGACAGUGCAUCUGCAUGAAACUGAUUGCAAAAACUUCCAACUAUUUUCUGAAAAUUGUAUUUUGACAUAUACAAAUAAAAAUUAAAAUGUU